AUGCCGAAAAAAUGUCAAUUAGAAUCAGUACUCAGUUAUGGAUCUGAAGGUACUGUAUAUUCUGGUUCAUGGCGUGAUAAAUCUGCCGCUAUUAAAGUAUUUUCAAAGAAUUAUAUUCAUCGUGCUGAAAAUGAAAUGAAACUUAUUACAAACUGUAAUCAUCAAAAUAUUAUUAAAUAUUUUGAUCUCGAAUAUGAACAAGGAAAUGCUUAUCUCUCAAUGGAAUAUAUUAUGGGUGGAAAUCUUUAUGAAUUUAUUCGAACAAAAUUUACUUCAUUUUCAUAUUGGACAAUCAUAGAUCAAAUUCUAACCGAUAUUGCUCGAGGAAUGAUCUAUCUACAUAAUCAUAAUAUUGUUCAAGGUGAUUUAAAAAGUCAUAAUAUUCUUUUACGAGAUGACAAUCAUCAAGGUGUAAUAUGUGAUUUUGGUAUUUCAAGAUUGCUUGAAAAUGAUAUUGUAAUAAAGAAACGAAAUCAAACUGCCAAAGGAACAAUUCGAUGGAUGGCACCUGAAAUAUGUACUCCACCACCAGAACAAUCAUCAUUUGAAUCGGAUGUAUGGAGUUAUGGUUGCAUAAUACUUGAAACUACAAGUGGUCGUGAACCUUGGAUCGAUCAAUUUAAUGAUGAUGCUACACUUUUUCGAGCUCUUCAACAUAAAGAAAAUGCACCUAUCUUUGCACGAAUAUGUGCUAAUGAAUCCGGUCCAUCUCAUAUUUGUAAAUUACUUAUUCAAUGUUGUACUUGGUCAAAAACUCAUCGUCCACGUUUUGUUGAUAUUCUCAAUCGUCUCGAAACUGUAUAUGAUGAAGGAACAUCGAUUGAUGAAAAUUUUCAUCAAAUGUCUAUUGAUAUACCUAUCUCCAAUGAUUCAUCAUAUUUGAAGGAAAAUUACACGAAUGAAAAUGAAAAUAUAGAAACACAAUCAAUUCAUUCAUUACAAAAUGAAGAAUUAAAUGAUGAUACUAAGAAAAUAUUACCAAGAUCAAAUAAAUCUCAGGAAGGACGUCUUACUGGAGAAGUUUUUACUAGUAAAGGCAGCGCAAGUGGUCGACCUAUUUAUGAAGGCAUACGAGGUGGACGCUAUUAUUUAACAGCAAGUGGAUCUAAAGUCUAUUUGCAUAAAUAG